GAGCAAAAGCAACUGAUCGCCGUCUCGAGGAUACGCGGUUGCCGGGAGAAAGAGGAGAGAAGAGAGACGGACGAGGCCGUGGAGGUGGGCGAGUCGGGCCGCCAAAAGCUGAACGGACUGAAUGCGAGUUUUGUGCGUCUCAGUUUCUGCGGACAAGAAGCGGAACAAUCUUUGACCGUGGGUCAACAGCCGACGAAGAAACAGCUGCUUCGCCUUCUGAAGCCAAAGUUUACCAAGAAAACGUUUUCGGUGCGUCAAUUACAUAUUUUGUGGGCAUGCUUUUCUGCUUAUCCCUAG